GUUGAAGCCUUGGAAGGUCCGAACGGUUAACACAAGAACACACCUACCUUUCUCAUUUUCACAGCCACACCCCUCUGCCUAUAAACCCCCUCCCCCCUCCUUUCUGUUUCACUACAAUUAAAAUCCUAAACAAAACAAGACCCCUUCUCAACUAGACAAGAAUGGCAGGCAGUGCAGCAGCAGCAGCAAACUUGGAAGAUGUGCCAUCACUGGAUCUCAUGAGUGAGCUCCUCCGUCGCCUGAAGUGUUCUGACAAACCCGACAAGCGUCUCAUACUCAUCGGCCCUCCUGGAUCUGGAAAAGGUACUCAAUCACCAAUCAUUAAGGAUGAGCACUGUCUAUGCCACUUGGCUACUGGUGAUAUGUUGAGAGCUGCUGUUGCUGCUAAAACCCCUCUUGGCAUCAAGGCUAAGGAAGCAAUGGAAAAGGGGGAACUUGUUUCUGAUGACUUGGUUGUUGGCAUUAUAGAUGAAGCAAUGAAAAAACCUUCAUGUCAGAAAGGUUUCAUUCUAGAUGGAUUUCCAAGGACUGUGGUCCAAGCACAGAAGCUUGAUGACAUGCUUCAAAAGCAGGGAAGUAAAAUUGAUAAGGUGCUGAAUUUUGCAAUUGAUGAUGCAAUUUUGGAGGAGAGGAUCACAGGUCGCUGGAUCCAUCCUUCUAGUGGUAGAACCUACCAUACAAAAUUUGCACCUCCCAAGGCUCCUGGUGUUGAUGAUGUAACUGGAGAACCUUUGAUUCAACGCAAAGAUGAUACUGCCGCUGUUCUUAAGUCAAGGCUGGAGGCAUUUCACAAGCAAACUGAACCGGUUAUUGAUUAUUAUAAGAAGAAAGGUGCUGUUGCAGAGCUUCAUGCAGAGAAACCUCCAAAGGAGGUUACAACUGAGGUUAAGAAAGUGCUUUCCUCUUGAGACGGAGGCCCUUUCGACCCUUUACUUCAGUGGAUUUUCUUUUCUUUUGUACUAGACAUGUUUUCACACAAGCUGAUCAUUUAGCUCCCCUCGUAUUUUGUUUGCAAAUUGCCGGCGCUGCCUUUUGUCAUUGAGGUAAUAACUGAGUUCACGUUGAAAUAAAAGAUACUACAGGGUUGCCUUA